CUGGAACAAAUCACUGACAAUUAUGUGAGUGAGAAUUCGGUUCCUGACAUAUCAAAAAUUCUUCGAAAAUGCCUCACUGCAAAGAAUUCAAAUUGGGCGACGUAUGGCGGACAUGCAACAAGAUUAGAGCCGCUAUCUUCCGCAUGGGAAUAAACCUAUUCGAAUAUUUCCAGCCACUAGAUCCUAACAAAAGUUGUUUGAUUUCCGAAUCCCAAUUCAUAUCAGUUAUAAAUGGACAACUCAGAGCCACGAUUGGACUUUCCGAGCAAGAAGUCAAAGAAUUGGCUGAUUAUUUCAGAGUGCCAGAUGGACGGAUAUACUACACCCAACUAUGUGAAGUAAUGCAUGAUAGUGUCCCACAGUUCAGUGAUAAUGUACCCCUGGUAACUGGCUUAGAAUGGGAGGAUCCCUUACACACGAACAGACUAAGCAUCAGUGAGGAACGGCGACUCAGUGUCUUACUGACGAAAAUUGCAUCACUAGUCAAUAUGAGGAAGCUGAUAUUGAGGCCAUAUUUCCAGGAUUAUGAGCUGGUAUCGAAGAAUUGCGGUACCGUAACAAUGGCUCAUUUCGCGAGGAUCCUAGCACACCUGAACAUCCUCCUAUCAGCAGAUGACUUCAAUCUCUUGGUGAAGAAAUAUGUCAAGGACAGUUACACCUUGAAUUAUGUGGCGUUCAUUGCAGCCAUCGAUCAAGUUGUAGACUAUCUGAAUAGAAAUGGGAUACUCGAUCUCAGCGGGGAUGUUAUGAUUCUAUUUCCCGGAAGAGUCCUCAAUGCCGAAUUGCCAAAGCUACCUAGACCGGAAAUAGGCAAGAUAACAGCGGCGCAACUUUUUGGGAAACAAAGCAUCUUCCACCCAGCACUGAAUGACCCUAAGAAAAUUGAACACAUUCUUACUACCGUUUCCAUGAUUCAAGCUCACGUACUGAAGAAUAGAUUGAGGAUUUGUGACUUCUUCAAAGAUUUCGAUCCCUUGAACUGUGGCAGAAUUACACUCUCACAAUUUCAUCGUGGCUUGGAUGCCUUGGUCUUGAGCGGAAAACAGAGGUUUUUUCUGUCCCUACCAGACGUGGAAGCUGUGAUAAAUCAAUAUAGAGAUCCUUGUGAUCCAAGUAGAGUAUGCUGGAGGACAUUUGAAGAUGAUAUGGAUCAAGCGUUCACCGUGAAAGAACUGGAAAAAACUCCCAGUCUGAAAGUAGAAUCACCUCCGAAACGAGUUAAGGAGUUACUGAAUCCUGGAGCAAAGAACUGGCAAGCUGUCAAUACACCAACGAGGGACCUAUGUGAAGAGGCUGUUGAUAAAGUCAAACAGAAGAUACUACAUAGAAGAAUUUUGCUCAAACCUGUUUUCAGAGAUUUCGAUAAAUAUAAUAACGGCCACGUCAGCAGAUCCCAAAUGAGACAAGCACUACAUUUCAAUGGGAUUUUGUUGUCAGACGAGGAAAUUUUUGCUCUGGAAGAGCGAUUCAACGAUGAUGUAGGAUUCAACUACUUCUGGUUUUUGAAAGACGUAGACUCAUCCAAUGCAGAGCCUUUGUACACUCAAUUCGUCACCGAUAUGUUGAAAUUGAAUGCAGAGAAACCGAUGGAGAAACCAACUCGUCGUGAACAGGAUAUCGUACAAAUAAUGGCGAAAAUCAAAGGAAAAGUUGUGAGAGAAAGAAUAAGAGUUCUGGAAUUCCUCAGAGACUUCGACAGAUGCAAUGAACAAGUUAUCAGCAGAGUUGAUUUCAAGAGAGGCUUGUCUGUCUGCAAAUUCGACUUGACUGACAAUGAAGUGCAAACAUUGAUGCAGGUGUUCGCUUCUCCUCUGCGGAAAGAAUGUGUUGAUUAUAAAAGAUUUUCCGAAGUUGUUGAGGAAUCCUUCAGCCAGCAAUGCCUGGAAAGGGCUCCUCUGAUCGUUCCCAUCCAGCAUGUGCCAACGAGAGAUUGCGAAAAGAACUUCCUCAAUUUUGACGAGAGAAUUGUCGUUUCUAUGGCACUGCAGAAGUUGGCAAAGAAGCCUGAUAUGCAAAUGAACCUCUCUUCAGUGUUGAAGGACUAUGACAAGACGAAUUGCGGCACCGUUUCUCAAACUCAAUUCCUGAAGGCACUCACUCUCAGGGGGAUGUCUAACCUGAUCUCUAAAAAUGAAUUCGAUGUCAUCUGCAAAUGUUUCAGCUUUGAAAGGGGCAUGAGGGACGAAGUUGAUUAUAGGGCGUUUAUGAAAGCCUUGGAUAUCAUUUACCUCACUGAAAAAUACAAUCCGUUUUGAUCAUAAUAAUAUGAUAUUAAAGAUGUUUUUUUCUCACUGCUA